AUGGGUUCUAUCACUUUGCACAAACACAAAGCUGAGAGAUUCAACAAAGUUCAAAAGCAUAGUCAGUUACGAAAGAUUACAGAUUUGUUGAGGUAUGUAGAGAUGUGUGUUGUGUUGGUUUUGAUUUCAAGGCUCUCGUUUCAACAACUACCAUUGGCUUUGAAGAAUUCAACCGAGUAUUUUCGAGGGUUUGAGAUCAGUCCUGGAUUUGUUUUCCUCAUUGGGAAUGUUAUUAUCAUUACCCUUUUUGCUCAAUCAGGUCAUUUUUCAAAUGAUUCUUCGAAGAGGAAAAGUUCGGAACAUGAUUUGUAUCUCGAGUUUCUCCAGAAUAGCAACAUGUAUCAGAGAAUCCAAGGUUGUGAUCAGAGAAAAGUGAGUGUGAAAGUGGAGAAUAACUUAAAGGGUCGAAGAAUAAUCGAUGGAUGCGUGGUGAAAGUUUGUAAAAAAGAUGUUAAGAAAAGUGAUGAACAAGGGAUGGAAACAGAGAUGGAUUUGGAAGUGAAGGAAUAUAGGAGGUGCCAAUCGGAAACUGCUUUGGUGAAGGGUGUGGAUAGUGAUAAUGAGAAGGAUCAGAAAGUGUUGCAAAGGUGUGAGAGUGAGAAUGAAAAAAGAAAGAUGAGAAGCAUUGAAGUUGAUAAAGAGAAGAAAAAGAUGGUGAAGAAUUCGAAAGCUACGAUAAAUGAAGUUCAAAGCUUUUAUUCCUAG